UUGUAGCCAACCGUCAAAAAUUUUCCCCCAGCUGUACAAAACAAAAACAAAGUGAAAAAUGUCCUUAGCAGUUUUCCAAGCGGAUUCCAAAAGGGCACUCGGAUCCUUGUCGAAUUUAACAAACGAUCAGCUGGACGAAUACAUCAACAAUGAAGAGAAAAUCGAAUCUCUCCUUCAGGGGCUCAAUCAGAGUUAUCUGCAAGAGAUUGAACAGGAAAAGGAAACUUUACUGGCAAGCAACAGCUCGCUAUCCGAAUUCAACUUGACUCGGGAACCCGCGCUAAUCGAAGGGAGGGAACGCGUGGAGAAACUGUCAGCUGACGGUGAAGAGAUUUACAAAACCGUGGAGGAGAAAAUGAACGAGAUACGUGAGAAGACCGGCGAUAUGUCGCUCGAAACCGCUCUGGCCCUUCUACAGACGGCAGCCAGCGAAACCGAGGAGGAAUCCGAUAAGCUCACGUCGCAGUUUCUCUCCAACGAAAUAGAGCUCGACCAAUUCCUCGAGGAGUUCAUCGAGAAACGAAUCGUGAUGCACACGAGACUGAUUAAGGCCGAGAAAAUGGCGAAAAUUCUGUCCAGCGAUCCGAUUCUGAAUAAUGUACCGAGCUACGUGAACGCGCCCCCUGUUAACAUUAACAGUAACUACUUUCCGGGUAUUAAUCCGAAUCCGGCGCCGAAUGUUCCCUACCCGAUCGGCGGGAUCUCGAUGCCGAUGCCCGGAAAUAUUAAUUAUUUCCAGAAUCACUACUAGAACCAAAUCUGCCGCUUAUGCUCUCAACGUGUACAUAUUUUUUAUGUUAGGUGCUCGCACAUAAAAUGUUAACACUUUUUAAAUAUAGGCUUCUACUCAG